AUCGUUCUCUCCACUCCUCACUCCCACAUCGCAACCGACCUAUCCAUUCCAUCCUCAACCAAAUUUCCAAUCAGUGUCCUAAUCACCCUCUAGUUUGACCUCUCCUCAAUCCCCGGAUCAAAACAAUGCAUUGCUCGUUCUUCCUCGCUUUUCUGUUGGCUGCUGUCGCCCUUGCUGGAGCCGACAACGGGGUUCAAAAACGUGAUGAAGGGAUCCCCAUGAUGGGACUAGCCAACAAGCUAGUCAGCUUGGGAGGAUCUGAAGACCGCAGCGGCGAAGGCUACCCAACCAGAGGUCCUCGUCGAGGCCCUCUUGCAGACGAAGAAAGCAGCAGAGGCGACUCGUACCAGGAUCACAUGCAUCAAAAACGUGAAGAAGACUAUGGUUUCAAUGCACCCCCCGGAUAUGGCGUAGGCGGUCGGAAGACUGCCGGUGAAUUCGGCAGUCAAUACCCGCAAUCCAGGUUUCCAUCAAAAGAUGGCGUGAGGGAGCGCAAGGGCUACAUGGGUGGUGAUGACGGUGGAAGUGGCUACAUGGGUGGUGGAAGCGGAAGUGGAAGUGGCUUCGGCGGAGGUCGCUAGAGAGACUGCCAGCCCCCGGGCAUCUCCCAAAUCUCCAUCCUUUGUGCUUCGCUGCCUUCUUUGUGCAUAUUUUCCGUUUUCUCGAACCGGUGUUUUUUUCUUCCUGUUCCCAACCUUCUCAUCAAUGGUGCACGAUCCCCCCAUCCCCCCGACCUGAUCUUUGUAUCUUCCCACAGUCCGUGUGCUAGGCCCCACAUGAACGGUUUUCGAAACAGUCCUCUUUGUCUUACUUCGUCCUUAAUUGCCUUGUAUCAAGUCCAUCUUCUGUCCUCUUUCUCACUAGACCCCUUAGAUUUACAUUCAUUUCCUUUUUGCAAGUAUUACCCUCAAGCGAUUAUCC